GUUAUCAAGCUCAUCUAUAGUAAAAACGACAUCAACAGCUUCUGGAAUAGCUCUAGUCAAUUACCAGCUCUCUAGUAAAACAGCUUACCCCAAUCCUGUUUGUGACGAUUAUAAUGAGAAUGUUGUGAAAAAUAUCUCAGAAAAGAAAGGGGAACAUAUAUUCAAUGCACCCAAUGUGGCAAUGCCUGUUGCGUCCGCAUUGGUAUCAGAGCUGCUUCUUCGCCAGCAACAGGAUAUAAUGCAGCAUUGGUCAAGGUUGGCCGAUCCUAUUGAAAACAGUGGGGAAGGAGAGUGCGGAACGGCGCCUGAGAAUGCGACCGUCAUACAUAAUCGUAUUCCUUUAGCCUUGGCACGCAUAUAUAGCAGCAAUAUGCUGUCGAAUCCGAAAACUUCAGCGCAACAACAGCAACAAAUGUUAGCGUCACAAUUGUUCUAUGCUCAAUUUCUACAACAGCCAUAUUUAUCAUCAGCGGUAACGCAGGACCGAGAACACGAUCAACAGCACCAAUGGGAGUUGACAGAAUCGAGUAAUGUAAAAAGCGCAUCAUUAACAAGGAGAUCAGAUGCAGAAACAGAAGUAGCAGCACAAGCCUUUUAUUUAUCGCAAGAUAACAACAAUAAUAAAAGAAAACAAAGCGAUAUAAUUGAAAUUGAUAUGAGUAACAAUUCCACAAGCAAUAACAAUAGCAAGAGUUCGCCUAACAAGACGGAAAAAAUGGCAAAGAGUUCAGGAUUCUCAAAAUCAAGAUCGACUUCAAGUUCGACCAGCUAUUUCUUUCAGGAGCAGAAGACUCUACUGCUCGAUGUCAAAACAGGACUAGAGCAACUUAUACUGCUCGGGAGUCAAUUUCGACAAGGCUUGGGAACAUCCCAAUAUGUACAAUAUAACAAAUCUACUCAGUCCGAUGGAAUGUUGGGUAAGCAUGCCGCCAACCCCAACCUCAACCUUUAUCCCAAUUGCAAGUCAAGCUUGAGCUCAAAAUCAAACACAGGCUCGACUCUGGAGUUGACUGUGCAAAGGCAAUUGGAUGACAAUCGCAGAGAGAUCGAGAGUAUGCUGGACCAAGUUCAGCGGCUCUACCAUCAGUGGAGCAGUGCCGAACUUUACUAUUUGCGCAGUCUUCAGCGCUUGGGACUCACUCCACUAGAUGUACCCAGAACACCCACACAUAAUGUGAUGGCUCUAGCUUCUAUUGCUCUGUCUGCUGAGAGCGAUAUGGAAGUAAAGGAUUCAGAGGAUCUCCGAGCUGCAGCGCAAGAUCGAGAACAAGAAAAUAUUCACAGACAGGAGUUAAUGACAGAUGGAAAUAUACAGUCGACGUCAAGUUCUACAAAUACUGCGCAUCGUACGCUUAAAGACAUUGAAAAUAUAAUAUUGCAACAAGCUGCCUCUGCUAAUCACCAAAAAUACUUUUCCUUUUUGUCAGCAAGUCAAGCGCACAGUGAUCCUGAAAAUAGCGGUAGUGAUGGCGAUGGUGACGGCGAAGGCGAUACCGACAGCAAUAAUGGCAAUGAGCAUAAUCAUGCAUUAGGGCCUGAUUAUGAGGAUGAGCUCGAAUCCACUCCUUCCCCCGAAUGCAUUUGGCAUCCAAAAGCAAAUACAUCCGGUGAGCCAAGGGAAAAUUGUAGCACUGCAGCAGAAAUAAUCUUAGAAUAUGCGUCAUUAUCUGCAAGACCGAAGCUAAGUUCUCUCAGAACACCAGGUGGCAUAGAUCUUAAUAGUCCCGAAAUUGUACACAGUCAACAAGAGAAUUGUCCUCUAAGCGUCGUAAAUCUGUCACCGAUUGCAGCCCCCCACCUCGCUACCAUUCAGCGUGACUGCGAUUUGACAACCGGCUACCUGAGUGAAAUACAAUUUCCACCUACGCCUGCAACACCUCCUACCAGCAGUAACAGCAGUUGCUCAACAGGACCCAUGGUCGCUGCCGCUAAUUCUACUGGCGCAGGAAUAAAUAAUAAACUUCAUCGACGAAAAUCACGAUAUGCGCGCCGCAUUGAGACCCCAGUUCCCUCAUCCUCGACAUCGACCUCAACUUCAGCAUCACCGCCUGAGCUUGAAAGCAGCUCUUACAAAGUAGUUGCCAUCCGUCGUGCUCAUGCGUGUGUUUCUAGCUCAAUGGCAGCUGCAACUCCACCACCAGUAAUUCGGUGUGGAUCUGCUGUUACCACUCUUCAGGAACGCACCUUCACCGACAUCCUUAAAGCUCAGUUUGGUUCACUGAAAGCAACUUCUAGAGCAUCCAGUGUUAGCAGCGUUGGGAACACACAAACCGCUGCAGAUGGACGUAAUGAUAGCUGCGAUGGAGACCCAAUAAGUGAUGCUCCUUACGACUUAAGCAUAGGAACAAGACUAAAAAAAAUAAACUUGGAUAGCAAAAGCUCAUCGAAUUCGCAAGCAAACGAUUGUAAAGAUAACUCAAACGAUAAAAAAAAACCACAUAUCAAAAAGCCACUGAAUGCAUUUAUGCUCUACAUGAAGGAGAUGCGGGCCAAGGUUGUGGCAGAGUGUACACUCAAAGAAUCUGCAGCAAUCAAUCAGAUACUUGGACGACGGUGGCACGAGCUUUCCCGCGAAGAACAAAGCAAAUAUUACGAAAAGGCGCGGCAAGAGCGUCAAUUGCAUAUGGAGUUGUAUCCGGGGUGGAGUGCACGAGAUAACUACGGUUACGUGUCAAAAAAGAAAAAGCGUAAAAAAGACAGAUCGACUUCGGAUUCGGGAGGUAACAAUAUGAAAAAAUGUCGUGCCCGCUUCGGAUUGGAUCAACAGAAUCAAUGGUGCAAGCCCUGCAGGCGCAAGAAAAAGUGUAUUCGAUACAUGGAGGCGUUGAAUGGCAUCGGCGCAAUGGGUGAAGAUGGAAGUGGAAUGGAUGAUACGGGCAACAUCAGUCAGCUCAGCGAUGACGAUGACGAAGAUGAUGAUUUAGGUGCUGGCAGCUGCGGCAGUGCGGACGAAGUCGAGCGAAAUAAAGCGCCUGACACAGAGGACAAUGAAUCUAUGAAUCAUUCGCUGUCUAGUCCGGGCUGCCUGAGCGGAUUGUCGAGCCUUCAAAGUCCCUCUACAACGACAAGCUUAGCCAGUCCACUAAAUGCAAACAUGUUAACUAGUCCAGCGACACCAUCUGUGCUUUCCCUCUCUCUCUCCGUUAAUAAUAGUGAGCACGCAUCGGCGACAACGCCCUAUAGUCAGCCAAGGUCUGGAUCUGGAUCCAGCAGUGGUUCAACCUGUAGCAUUAACCACAGCAUUAACACGCCCAAUACCUCAAGCACUACGUCGCCGGCGACGACUACAGCUGGCAAACAGCCAACAGGGCCAGUUCUUGUGAGCGCGACAACUUCGACAUCAUCUAUGUCAUCAAAGGCCAAUGAGCGUGCAAUGAUGCUCGGUACACGUUUUAGUCAUCUGGGCAUGGGUCUAAGUCUUCCAGGGGGUGGCAAUGUUGAUCAAAUGUUCCACACUCAUUCACACACCCAACCGCAUACACAUCUUGCAGUCAGUAUAGCUAAUAUGAACACUAGCAUUAGCAAUAGCAGCUCCACACCUACGAGUUCCAAUACUGCGGCUACAAAUAAUAGCAACCCUAUUACAUCUACCUCGUUUCAAACAAACAACAUCUGCAACUUAAGUAAUUACAGUAAAAACAAAUUGUCAACAACAACUGUGACAGCCACAACUUCCGCAAUCGCAGCUGUAUCUACACCAGCAGCAUUGACUCCAGUUGCAACAAGCCUACAUCGCAAUCCCAUUGGUGCCAAUCCACAUGACAUUAACAAUCCUCUGAGUAUUAAUCAAUUGACUAAGCGACGUGUUAUUCACAAUAUUCCUUUAAUGGAUGGCUGUGAUGCUGCUCAGUCAAUCAAUAUGGCUUCUGCAUCUGCCACCCUGCGACAUAAUCACAAUACUGUAACGCCAACGACUACUCAUCAUCACCGCCCAUAUUCGCACGCACACUCUCAUCCGCAAGGACUGCCGCCUCCACACCACUCAUUUUUUGCCAACAGCAACUUUAGUCAACAGUUUCAUCAACAUCUCAGCAAUCACUUAGCAGCUACAACAGCCACUACUGGUGGAGUCGGAAUCGGUGUUGGCAUUGCCGUUGACUCAGGGUCAGGGCAAGGCUCUGAAUUACCAACAUUAAAGCAUCGCAGCACAAGCGAGGCAGCUGCGGCAGCUAGCAGUUCUGCGACUCCUAAUGCUAGCGAACCUGGAGCUAUAAGCGUCUCAUAGCCGGUCGACUCGGAAUAGAACAUUCGAUCCAGAUGCCUUCUCAUCUUCAUUGCCUUUAAUCACCACUUACUCAAAUUUUGUGCAAUAAGUAUCGUGACACAUAGGAAAUCAGCAAUCCAACAUCAAAACUAUCGGAACUAAAUUAACACAUCCAGCACAUCCCUUCGCCAUUAAUAGUUGUAACAUGAGGCCAUUGUAAUUGGAAAGUGCCAAAAAGUACUUCACACAAUUUAUGUAUAAGGACUUAUGAAUUAAUUAAUAAAUACAUAAGUAUCAUAUUACAUACGUUGGAGUCCAGAGUAAAGAUAAAGCAGAAAUUAUAGUCAAAUCAGAUCUGUAUAGAAAAAUAUAAAAUCAUCAUUUAUAGCAUACAUAUGCUUAUGCUUUAUGUAUGUAGUUCAAGCUUAUUCAUAUAUAAAUAUGUAUGUAUUUGUAAAUAAAACAUUUCAAUCGAAAAUUAAUAUUCGUGUAAUAAUCCAUGAAUAUAGUUGUUCGAAACGACAUGUACAAUAUACAGAGUACAACAAAUUAAAUCAAUACUGCAUACUCGUUUAACGCCCAGCUGAUGUUUUUAUACAAUCAUGUAAAACACAAUUCUAAUCUAGAAUAAUAUUCAUGGAAUGCUUAUUAACUCCAUGAAUAUUUAUUUAUGACAUUUAUUUAUUGUACAGAAACGGGACCUAUGAUAAUUUUAUUACAAAUGUAAUACAUUCAUACAUACAAAAGUUUGUAUCAAACAUGUAAGUAGCAAUGAAAUGCUGGAUAUCGUCAAUAUCAUCAUCAGUAUUUUGUGUAUUUCCACAUGUAAUUAUAUAGGUAUUGGCGAUAGUGCACGAGCAAAACAUACGAAUUUAUAGACUGUAAAAAAUAUUAAAAAAUUACUGCAUACAUAACAUAUUACGUACUUACUAACAUAUGAACUCAUACUAGCUAAGGCUGUUAAAUAAAAUUUGAAGUGAUUCGCUCUAAACACACAAUAAAAAAAUUGUUUUUCACAAUUAUAACUCACAUUAAAACUUGUCUAUAACUAAUUUUAUUAACAUAAUCCUAUCGA